AUGGCAAGGAAUGCAGCUGCCCAGAACUAUCCUUCCACUAAGGUGCUGUGCUUCUGGGUUCUGCUGAUCUGUCUGUGGUCCAUGCUACCCAUCACUGAUGCUGCUUCUCUUUGCUACAACUUCACUGUUGGCAAGUCAGAGUAUGGACCAUGGUGGCACAAAGUCCAAGGCCAACUGAAUGAAGAGACUUUUAUUACCUGUGACAGUAACAACAACUGCAAUACCACUGGUCUUCUGAGGGACAAACUGAAUGCCACAAAGCCCUGGAAAGAACAGGCUGUCACUCUGAAAGAUGGAAUUAACCGGUUCAAACAACAAGUGAUUGACAUGAAGCAGGAGACUAACACUAUCAGAGGUAUUAAACUUGUGGUCAACCUAUGGAACCUGGGCCACAAUUACAAUGGAGGACCUGGUAGAAAGAAAAGGUUAAGAUCAUUGAACAACAAAUUAGAGCUAGAGGCCGGGAAGUAUUGUUGGCAUGAAGUAGAUGGACAUUUCAAUGGAUCCUGGGACUUUGACCUCAAUGGACACAAAGUGGCCCAUGUUGACUCAAGCACUGGAGAGUGGACUGAAGUUGAUCCUGGAUCCAGGUGGAUGAAAGAGAUGUGGGAGAAAAACAAGGAUUUUACUGCCUUCUUAAAAAUGACCUCACAGGGGGACUGGAAGACAUGGCUUGAGGAGUUCAAGUCACACUGUGAAGAAAAGCUGUAA